AUGCCGCAGCUCCUCAGGAUCGGCGUCUCCCAAUCGCACACCCUCUCAAGCCUGCAGGAGACGCUCUUUGCCCUCAAAGAAGCCACUCAACGUGCCGCGCAGCAGGAUAUCUCAAUUAUUCUCUUCCCCGAAGCUUACCUAGGCGGUUACCCACGGACAUGCAACUUCGGCGCAGCGGUGGGAGGUCGCACGGAUUGGGGUCGAGAUCAGUUCCUCGCAUACACCAAGGGGGCGGUGGAUUUGGGCGAUACGCCGCAGGGAGCUGAGCAAGACUGGAUCGAUCGGCGGUUGCCGGUGAACAAAGAAACAGGCCGUAGAGGGGAUGGGACCAGGGAGUUUCUCGAGGAUGUCGCCAGAGAGACGGGUGUGUUUAUUGUGACGGGGCUGAUUGAGAAAGCCGGCGGGAGUCUCUACUGCACGGCAGUGUACGUUGACCCGAAGAGGGGGAUCAUAGGGAAGCGGCGGAAAGUCAUGCCCACUGCCUCUGAGCGGCUGGUCUGGGGCCAGGGAUCGCCGUCGACAUUGAAGGCCGUCGCCACCACGAUCAAAGGCAUUAGGGUCGUCAUGGGAUGCGCUAUCUGCUGGGAGAAUUUCAUGCCCUUGCUGCGGUACAGCCUGUACAGUCAGGGAGUGAAUCUUUGGCUGGCACCCACAGCGGACGGACGGGAUACGUGGGAGCCACUGAUGAGGACGAUUGCCGCGGAAGGACGGUGUUUCGUGCUCACGACGAACCAAUGCAUCAAGCGGAAGGACUUACCGGCGUGGAUCACAGGCGAUCCGAAGGAGUGGCUAGCAGGUCAAUCGCAAUCACAAUCACUCCCUGCGGCGGGGACGUCCGGACCGACGACAAAGCCAGAAGGAUCACUACUUACAAACGGCACGUCCCCGGAUCAGCAUGGUGCCGGCUUUGGACGCCGCCUCUCCAUAACACGCACCGAGGAGAACCAUUCCAUAGCCUGGCGUGGCAAAGACACGACCAGCCCUGCUGCUAUUGAGGAAGGAGAAGAAGACAAACAUGCCGAAGACAUCAAGCCCGCCCGGUCCGCAUCCGCACAUCCUCCACCGACUCAGCAGUCUGAUGGCGAGGAAUUCCUGUCAAGAGGCGGCGCCUGCGUCGUGGAUCCCAUGGGAAAGACUCUGGUCGGUCCUGUAUGGGAACAACAAGACGCCCUGCUUUGGCGAGACGUGGAUUUUGAGGACUGUGAAAGGGGCCAUCUGGACUUUGAUGUUACGGGGCAUUAUUCCCGGCCUGAUGCCUUUCACUUGACUGUUGAGGGGCUGGACUUAGUUCCACCGCCGUGA